UGUAGUACCUGGUGCGCACGCUUCCAGCAUGGCGCACGACAAUCACACUGUGGUUUACCUGUCCGAACAGAUGGUGGUUCUGCUGUCGUGCACGCUCUCGUUCCUGGGUUCGUCGCUCAUCAUCCUCACCUACAUUCUGUGGUCGGACCUGAGGACAACCCCGCGGAGCCUGCUGGUCUGUCUGUCCGUGUCCGACUGGCUGUCCGACGUGUCUUACGCGUACGGCGUGUGGAGAGUUUUCCACGCGGACACGCUGGAGUGCGUCAUCCAAGGAGCCAUCUCCACGUUCGCCAACACCAGCUCCUUCUUCUGGACCGUGGCCAUCGCCGUUUAUCUCUACGUGUUCAUCGUCAGGGCCAGCAGAAGAACCGCAGACAGUUUGCUGGUGUGUUUCCACCUCGUCAGCUGGGGGGUUCCUCUCACCAUCACUGUUGCAGCCUUGUGCAUGAAUAAGAUUGGCUACGAUGCCUCAGAGGUGUCGGUUGGCUGGUGCUGGGUCAGGAUCCACGCUGCAGACCGGGUCCUGUGGAUGCUGCUGACAGCCAAGAUCUGGGAGUUCCUGGCUUACCUCAUCCUGCCGGUCCUCUACGUCCUGAUCAGGAGGCACAUCCAUGGAGCACAUGCUGUCCUGUCCGAGUACCAUCCUAUUUUGGCUGGAAGGCCUGCGUCAAAUUCCUUUUCUGCCAUGGCUGAUAUGAAGAUGACGCUCAUUCCCAUUAUCUUCAUUGCAUUGCGCAUUUGGAGCACAGUGCGCUUCGUUCUGCUGCUCGCCGGCUCUCCAGCUCGACAGCACCCUGUGCUGGUCACUCUGCACGGAAUUGGCAACACAUUGCAGGGAGCAGCCAACUGCGUCAUGUUUGUAUUCUGCACUCAGCCAAUCCGAGCACGGCUCUGCACCGCGCUCUGCUGCUGCUGCUCUUCAAAGUGCCGAGCAGCGAUGUCACAUUCACAGAGUGCCCCUCAGACACUCCAGCCAGGACCUGACCCCUCUGCCCACGGAGAAGAACAAGGAGAAGAUGGGAUUAACCGAGCUCAGCCUGGCAGAUAAUACACAACACUGAGCGUGAGGAGAUGGACACAGAUGAAGGUUGACGUGUCGCACCUUCUUGUUUAUGACGGUUUGUUGCACAGCAGUGAUGCUGCACCUGACGUAACGCCAGAACCGCCACAAACAUUUUUAUACCUAAACACUGUGGCUUCAGAUGUUCCAACAGCUAGACUGUCUUAUAGCUCCAUUUCACUUUCAGUUCUUUGUGCACAUUUUCCUUGGAAAUACUGAGGCAUGUAUCUUGUAAAAUGCAAUGAAGGAAGAACUGUUAAAUAGUAAAUGGCUUCCAGAUUAACAAUAAUAACUCAACAACACAACAUGUUAUCAUCUUGUAACUCUUCAAAUUAAAAUGGGCAUACAGUGAGGAGAAACCCAUUAAGACUAGGUGACUUUUGAUACACGAGAUCAAUCCAAAAUCAGCUUUGUUCUGCCUAAGUAAUAAUAUCCGUGGUUGCUUAGUGGAUGCUGGAUUGAUGGUGGAUUCGGAGCAGGGAUGGUUGUCAGUGAAGUAACUUUUCUGAUCAGUAGUGGUUAUGUUGUAAACCUGAAAUAACACAAUAAUAACAUACAUCCACACACCCCUGCAGAAAGGAUAUAGUUUAAAUUUAGCUAAAGCAGACACUUCUUAAUUCUGUCUCAACAUGUAUGUGCUUUUUUUAUUUGGAUUUCUGUAUUUAGCCAGGAUAAAAUCAAACUUUUAUUGGCAAGUGAGACCUGUUCAAGAUGACAUGUUUGGAAGUUAACUGUAGCAUGAAUUGAGUUUAUCAGGGUUUUUCUUCAAUUUUCAAAGCCUUGGUCUAGUGGCCAUCCAUGCCACCACUGAUUUUUAUUUUUAGUAUUUUUUGAGAAAAUGACACACAGUUUAGUAGCUGAAUAUUUUAAUUUAAUUUAACCCUUUUUUAACCAGGUUAGUCCCAUUGAGAUCAAGAUCUCUUUUACAAGGGAGACCUAGACAAUUAUAAAGUUUCCAAUUCACCUAAC